UUUCACUGGUUUUGGCUAUUUAAAAGCUGCUGCCAGUGGUGUCCGUCAGCCUCAUUAUCACUUUGUCUUGACUUGAGGAAUUACUAUCCACCUUUCAACAGACUGCAGUCAGUGGAGCUGUGCUAAAGAGGGAUCAGAAGUCCUCAUAGGGAAUAACAAUCAACAAGUCAGUGACUAGACCCAUUUACUAGAGGACAACUUUCAGUGUGAAAUGCUCUAUUUAAACAUCCUGGUGCUGCUCCUCCUGCAGCCGGCUCUGUCAAAGCCACUGACCACAACAAUCAGAAGAUGUCCCACCUGUAGAGGAAAGCCUGCACAAAGUCAGACAACUGAAGAUUUAAAUGCCACAUCUUUGGCCCUUGGAGAACCAUGUGGGGUCUAUACUCUAAGCUGUGCCAUUGGUCUGAGUUGUGCCCCUCCAGAAGAUGACCCAAAGCCCCUCCGCACCCUGCUGGAAGGCAGAGGAGUCUGCAGUAACAACAGCAGCAUCAACUCGACUGAUAAGAGCCGCACUGCAGACCCAGCACCUACUGAGAAUCCAGAGGAGGCUCCGUGUCGCAAACUACUCACUACACUCAUCAAAGGCCUUGAUGCCCAUAUAUUUAAAGAACAUCAUGAUAUCUACAUGCCCAACUGUAACAAGCGAGGUUUCUUCAAUAAAAAACAGUGUUGGUCGUCUCGGGGUAAGCAGCGGGGCAGGUGCUGGUGCGUGGAUGAGAACGGCAUGCAUGUCGCUUCACAACCAAAACAGAGGGGCGGCCUGAGCUGUUGAAAUGCAUGAAGCUCGGACUAAAGCAGAGGAGGCUGAAGCUUCAUGACCAACAUGAGAUGAAGAUGAAGGAACACCACACAGAGUCUGAAGGAACUCAGAACAUUUUGUUCUUUGUCAACUGGGAGCAGCUUUAUCAGUGAGAAGCUGUUUUAAUAGUCAGGUGUAACUUUGUCUCUUUGCGCCCUCUGCUGAACAUAUUACGACUGUAUUGAUCUGACAUCCUUCCACAUCUACUUACUGAAUUUAUCAGAUGCAGAAGCACAUUGCAUUAUAUUUAUGAAUACAGAAUUAUCCAACCAAGAGUCACAUUGUAAUCUGCAGUUUCUUACCAAUUUAACUUUAAUAUUGUAUUUCAUGUAUUCAAUAUAUCAUAUUUAUAUUUUUUCAGUAUUUUUCGAAC